AUGGCAAAUAAUAAUGAGAGGCCCGAUGGGAAUCAAGGGGUAAAUUGGCCAGUGCAAGACCCUGUUUUUCUUGCUGCCGACCGUAACAUUCCUAUGAGGAACUAUGCGGCGCCGAAUCUUUAUAACUUCUCGCCCGAAAUUUCAAGACCCACGGUUGCGGAGAAUGCAAGCAACACCUACAACCCUGGUUGGCGGAAUCAUCCAACUUUCAGUUGGGGAGGGAAUCACAACCAGAGGGGCCAAAGUAAUCAUCAGAACAGUCAUCCCGGGAAUCGAGUUAAUCCUCCGGUUUUCCUUAGUCAGAAUCAUAGCCAAGCUCCUAAAACACAGCAAGCAAAGGACCUCAAUGAACAGCCAAUUGAACAGGAAGUACGACGGGAUCCUCCACCUUUCUCGUCUAGGCUGAAAAAGAAAGAUGAUAACAAACAAUUCAAGAGGUUCCUGGAUGUUCUCCGACAAUUACAUAUCAACAUUCCCUUAGUAGAAGCAUUGGAACAAAUGCCGAGCUAUGUGAAAUUCCUCAAGGACAUACUUGUCAACAAGAGGAAGAUCGAGGAGAAUGAAACGAUCGCAUUAACAUAUGAGUGUAGUGCGCUUUUUCAGAACCAUAUCCCCACUAAAAUGAAAGAUCCAGGGAGUUUCACAUUGCCAUGCUCAAUAGGGGGAAAAGAAGUCAGAAAUGCGCUGUGUGACUUGGGGGCAAAUAUAAACCUGAUGCCCUUGUCAAUCUUCAAAAAUUUAAAUAUCGGUAACGCAAGACCCACCACAGUUACGUUGCAAUUGGCCGAUAGAUCAAUAACGCAUCCAGAGGGAAAAAUAGAAGAUGUACUUGUGCAAGUGGAUAAAUUCAUCUUCCCUACUGAUUUUAUUAUAUUGGAUUAUGAAGCUGACAUUGAGGUGCCUAUCAUCUUGGGUCGCCCGUUUCUUGCAACAGGACGAGCGCUGAUUGAUGUGCAUAAAGGAGAACUUACCAUAAGGGUCGACGAUCAGCAAGUCAAGUUCAACGUUCUCAAUGCAUUGAAAUACCCAGGUGAUAUGGAAAACUGUCAAUAUGUUGGAGAGCUGCAGGAAGAACAUUGGCACGAGUCUAAAAAAGAAUUGAAGGAAGAAGACUUUGGGAUUGGCACAAUGUGGGAGGAAAAUUGCGCCACAAUACAAAUUGAGUCAGAUUUUGAAACAAUCAAGUUAUCUGAAUGA